UUGACUUGAUAUAGUGAAGAGAAUGAGGGAGAUGAGUUGCAGAUACACUCUUCUGUUCUACAUUCUUCUCAUCAUCUCAAACAUUCCUCAUGGCCUGCAGAAGAAAGUGACAGUCUCCAUCCAGUCGGUGACAACUAUAGCCAAGACUGAUUAUAACUUUAUCUGUGCGACUUUGGACUGGUGGCCACCGGAGAAAUGCAACUACAAUAUGUGCCCAUGGGGAAAUUCUUCCAUUCUUAACCUGGACUUGAAUAAUACUAUUCUGAACAAUGCAAUUAAAGCUUUCAGUUCCUUAAGGAUUAGGCUGGGCGGCUCUCUUCAAGAUCAAGUCACGUACAAAGUUGGGAAAAAUUCACCCCCAUGCAACAGAUUUAUAAAAUUGAAAAAACCUGAAGAAGGGCUCUUCGGUUUCUCUACCGGAUGUCUUGACAUACCCAGAUGGGACGAACUCAAUGUAAUACUUAGCAGAGCAGGAGCUGUGUUAACCUUUGGGCUCAAUGCACUCUAUGGGAGAAGAAAAACUACAUCAAAUGGCCUUUAUAAUGGCGAUUGGAACUCCCAAAAUGCUCGAGAACUCAUUAAUUACACCGUCUCAAAGAACUAUAUGAUUGAUUCCUGGGAAUUUGGAAAUGAGCUCUCAGGAAGUGGGAUUGGUGCGAGGGUUGAAGCCGAUCAAUACGGAAAAGAUUUGAUUUCACUAAAGGCUCUCAUUGAUGAAUUAUACCAAAAAUCUUCCUCCAAACCCAAGAUUUUAGCUCCUGGAGGCUUCUAUGACCAAGCCUGGUUUAACAAAAUGCUUCAAACUUCAGGGCCUGAUGUUGUUAAUGGUGUGACACAUCACAUCUACAACCUUGGUGGAGGUGAUGAUAAAGGAAUAAUACAGAAGAUCCUGGAUCCGUACUAUCUAUAUUAUAUAGUUCAAACUUUCAAGAAUGUGGCUCUCACAAUAAAAAAUUUUGGGCCAUGGAGCUCUUCCUGGGUUGGUGAAGCCGGAGGUGCAUACAAUAGUGGAGCCAAAGAUGUUUCAAAUACCUUUGUAAAUAGCUUUUGGUACUUAGAUCAGCUUGGUAUAGCAUCGGUGUUUGGCUCUAAGGUUUACUGCAGGCAAGCUCUGAUAGGAGGGAACUAUGCUCUCCUCAACACUACAACUUUUGAACCUAAUCCUGAUUAUUAUAGCGCUUUGCUGUGGAGCAAAUUGAUGGGACCAGAAGUUCUCCAAACCACUCAUAACGGCUCACCAUAUCUUCGAGCAUACACCCAUUGCUCAAAGAACAAGGCCGGUGUUACUCUGCUGUUGAUCAAUCUAUCAAACUCCACAACAUUUAAAAUUUCAGUAGAAAAUGAUAUGAACUUAUAUCCACCACAACAGAGGAAAUUAUCAGCGAGCGCAAUGGUGGAGAAAGGCGAGAGAGAAGAGUACCGUUUGGUUCCAAAAGACGGGAAGCUUCAGAGCAGGGUAGUGCUUCUUAAUGGGCAGCAGCUGCAGCUCACAGGGAGUAGAGAUAUUCCCGAAAUCAAUCCCUUUGUUCCAGGCCAUCGUUCUAGGGCUAAGGUGCAGAUCUCUCCUCUCACCAUUGUUUUCGUUAGAUUUAAGGACUUCCGUGCUCCGGCUUGCCCUAUAAAGAAUUAGGGCAUCUAAGACCCCCUUUUUUUUAAGGGGGGCAUCGAGACUUGAUAGACAAUGUAUGAUUAUAACUAAAUGAAUUUGGUUUGUAUUUAUCAUUCAAGAUAAUAACCGCUCAACUAUAUUGCCAAUGUGUA